GCUAGCGAGAGCGGUGCCGAGAGCGUCGGCACCGACAGCGUGUUUUUCGGCAAUUUUCGUAGAUUGUCAGAAAUCUCCAAGAGCGCUGAUUCCGGUGUGGAUCUUGGAGCGAAGAAUUCGUCGUAUUAUCAGCCGAUGUUCGACGCGAAGGGUGAGACCACGGUGGUUUUGGAGAGAGCGAAUUUCAGUACGAGCGACAGUGAAA